AUGAAUCCAAAAGGUUUUAAGUUUUAAGUACAAAUUCAUAUUGAAAAAAUUGAAAUGAAGAGCCAACUAUCUUUCAAGAUGUAAGUUGUAUUAAAAUGUGGUAUAAUCUUUUUAUUUUUAUUUAGGAAAUUAAAAAGUUCAAACAUAAUAAUUAGCAGAUUUUAAUUAAGGUAAGGCAAUAAUCAAUGAAACUCUUGCCAUUCAAACAAAUGUAUAUUAAAUAAAUGGAAUAUAUUAAGAAAAGAAAAUGGAAUUAUUAAUUUUGCUCAUUACACCUAAAAGUAAUAAAAAAGCAGGUCAAUGUUUUAUCGAUAUUGCAGAUUAAUUAAACUAAUAAAAAUAUGGUAAUUCAUAAUUCCACUUUAGACAUUAAUGAACAACUUUUUUUAGAAAAUUGUCCUGACACCAAAGCCAAAAUAUUUUCAAAAAUUCAUUUAACAGAAGUUGGAGAAGUAGAGUUAGAUACAAUUCAAUCUCACUCUUCAACAGUAAAUGAGUAAACAUCUGAUAAGAAACUAGGAAUUUUGACUCCAUUUAAAGCAGCCCUCGAAAGUACUGCUAAAAAAUAUUUUGGAGAUUAAUCACCUAAAUAACAAAAUUCUGGAUCUUAAAGUUAAAUAAAAAACCCCUCUUUGACGGAAGUAUCAUCCUAAUUUACUUCUCCGAAAUAAUAAUCAAACUCUAAUUCUUUGAAUUAAGUCCAAUCAGAUUUAUAACAUCUCCACGAAGAACUUAAUUAAUAAAAAAUUUUAAAUAUGGAGAUCAAGGAUCAAAAUAACUAAUUAAAAUAGGAACUUCAAACUGAAAAAGUUAAAAAAGAAGCCCUGAUUUUAUAAGUUUAACAAUAAAAAAAGUAAAUAGAAAAUAUGAUUGAUUAAAACAUUUAUCAAGAAUAGAUAUAUUAAUAUGAACAAUAAUUAAGUUAAUUGUAAAGUUCAUUAAGGUAAGCUUAAAAAGAUAAUGAAAAUCUCACGUAAAACUAUAAAAAAGCUAUGUAAAAGUAUAAUAAAUUAUCAGACGAGUAUAAUUAAUAUUAAAAUAAUAUUAAUUCAGAAGAAAAGAAUUUUUCUUCAUUAAAAUAAAAAAUAUAAGAAUUGGAAGAAAUAUGUUAGAAAAAAGACUAAUAAUAUUCUAUUUUAGAGAAAUCUAAUAAAGAUAGUUAAAUAAGUAAUAUAAAUUUUGAAAAUUAAAUCAUUCAAUUAAAUUAGUAAAUAUUAUAACUCAAAAAUAAACUUGAUGAAAAGGAAGUCUUAAUUGAUUUAUAAAAAGAAAACCUUAAUAAUCUAAAUUUAAUAUUACUAAAUUUAUAAGAUAAAAAUAGUUCUUUUGAGUAAAAUGAAAAAAUGCAAAAAGAAAAAGUAUUGUUAUUUAUAUGAUGAUUAGAUUGAUAUAUAAUCUUAGUAGAUUCUUAAUCAAUAGUAGUAAAUAAUUUAAUAAAGUAUAGAAAUAAAGAAAUAAGAUGAAGAUCUUCUAAAUAAAAAUAAUCUAGUUAUUGAAAAGCUGACAUUGGAGUUAAGUGAAAAAAACAAUGAAUUAAUUUAAUUUUAAACUUUGCUCGAAUAAUAAAAAUAAAAGCAUAAAAUAGAAAUAGAUGAACAUUUAGAAUUACUUUAAAAGUCAAAAUAAGAAACAAUCUCAACAUAAUUGGAAACAGAUUAAAAGUAUAAAGAAAAAUUGUAGAAACUCUUCGAAGAAUUAAAAGAGUAACAAUAGAGAGAGAAUGAACUUAAAGACAAAGUGCUAAUUCUUAUGCAAUAAAUAAAUUAAUUGUAAUAAGUUCUAAACGAUAGCAUCAGUUAGACAGAGGUUAUGAGAAGGUUGUUUAUUGACUCAUAAAUAUCUAACACUGAAGCAGAUCUUCCAAAUUAAUUAAUAGAAUUAAAUAGAUUAAUAGUUUCAAAAUUUUCUAAGUUAAAUUAGGAUAUAGAAUAACUUUAGUAGUAGAUUUUAAAUAAUGAAAAAAGUCAAACUGAAGAUUCAUAAAAUUAACACUAGUUAGUAUUAGAAUAAUUAUAAUUAAAGACGCUUGAAUUGACUUAAGCUAAAUUAAAACUUGAUGAUCUAUAAAAUGAGAAAAUACGUUCGUAAUAAUAAUAAACAACCAAUUAGGAAUUAUUAAAUAAUUUUAAUGAUAUAAUACGUUAAUCAAAUUAAUAGAUUAAAAACUUGGAAAUUUUAUAGAAAGAUUCUCUAGACAAAUCAGUUUCGGAAGAAUAGCUCAAUCGAUUCAAUAGUGAAUAAAAUAAACUAUUUAUUCAAAUUUAGGAUCUUUAAAUUUAAAUUAAAACUUUGUAGAUACAAAUUUUGGAAAAAGAUGAUAUUAUAAAUAAUCUAACAAUCUAAAUAUAAUAAUAAAACUAAAAAAUUUAAGAAUAAAUUAUAAUUAAUGAACAAUUAUAAUGUUAAAUUAAGGAAUAGUUUCACAAUAUAUAAUAGUUAGAGUAGGAAAAUCAAAUAGCAAAAACAGAAUAGGAUAACUAAAAUAAUAAUUUAAUUUUACAAAAUGUUUCUUAAGAAAAAGAAAUAAUUUAAUUGAGAGAAUAAAAUUCAAAAUUAAAUGAGUUGGUAGUUAAUUUGAAUUAGUAACUAAAAGAUUUAUAAAUGGAGAUUCCAUAAUAACAAGACUAAAUAGAGCAAGAAAAAAAUUAAACUGUGAAAUAAUAGUUGGAAUUAGUUUAAAAAUAAGAUAAUUAAACAAAUGAAUAGAAAAUAUUAUCAUUAAAAACAAAUCAAGUAAAUGAUAUAUAAGGUAAUCAAAAUUUAGAGGAUAAUUUAAUAAAUUUUGUUUCAAAAGAAGAAUUUUAAAAGAUUUAAGAUAAAUAAAUUAUUAUGGAACAAUAAAUAGAAGAGUUAAAUAUAUAAUUAAAUUAAUAAACUGCAGCUCUCAUAAAAGCUUAAAAUGCUUAUGAAUAAAUAAUGAAUGAAAAGGUUUCAAUAAUGUAAACGCAGAAAAAUUAUUUAUUGAGAGAAACAGAAUUAUAACUUUAAAUAGAAUAGUUGCAAGCAUAAAAUGAAAAUUUCUAAAAUCAAGAAAAUCAACAGGGGAUUAAAUUUAAUAAUUUCGAACAAUAAAUAUUAUAGAAAAAUAAAACUAUUGAAGAAUUAUAAAUUAAUGCUUAGUAGGCUGAAUUGCGAUUCUAAAAUGAAAUAUAAGAAUUAUAAUAGUAAUUAUUUCUUGAGAAUGAGGAAUGGGAGAAAUAAAAGGAAUUAAUCUAGUAAUAUAUUGAUGAACUAGAACAGAAAGCUUUGGUAUUAAAUAAUUAGAUGAAAGAGAAGGAUGAAGAACUAGAGAAUAUGAAAAAAUUGAAUUACAAUUUAAAUGAUUAAUUAGUUGAAUUGAAAAAUAUAAAUGAAAAAGCAUAGAAAUUAGAGAAAAUAUGUGUAGAGAAUACGUAAAAAUUUGAAGAACAAAUUGAUUAAAUAAAUUUGAAGAAUAUUUUAAAGAAUAAUGAAUUUAUAAAAUAGAUCUAAUAAUUAUAAUCGUAAUCUCAAGAGGAUUAAUUAAAAAUAUAGGAUCUAAAAAAGUAAUUGGAUGAUAAGGAGAAUUCAAUAUAAGAAAAAGAAGGAAGGCAUGCUAUAGAGAUUUAAUUGAUAACUACGAAUUAUAUGAAUCGAUUAAAAGAUAAGGAUGAUGCAAUAUAAAAUUUAUAAUAAGAAAUUUAAAGUUAUUAAUAAGUUGAAUAAGAAUAAUAAAAUGUGAUUAAAUUUUUAGAGAGUGUUAAGGAAAAUUUAGAAUAGCAAAAAUGUGAGAAUUUUGAAUAUAUUUAAAAAAUUUAACUUACAAAUGAAAAAAUUAUAGGGUAAACAGAAUAAUAAGAAUCAUAAAUAAAUUAAUUAUAAAAUACAAUAAAAGAAUUAGAAUAAAAAAAUCAUGAAUUAGAAACAGAGAAAAUUAAUAUCUCAAAUAAUUAUUAAUAGGCAUUGAUUGAAGCUCAAUCACUUAAUCAUACUUAAGAAAAUUCAAAUGAAAUAAUAGAAAAGAUACAAGAAGAGAUUGUUGUAUUAAAAUGUCGUAUAGGUGAUAUGUUCAAUGCAGCUUUAGAAUUUGGAGGCCCAAAAUUAGUUGAUAAAUUGUAAUAAGCAUUAGGUAUUAAAGAAUGA